AUGGAUUGGCUCCCUCACCGAACGGCUGCUUUUCUGUUCCUUUUGUCGGUACUCUUGGACUUCAGCACAGGAUUUCAUGUAGAGGUAAAAGAAUGGGAUGAAAAUGGAAUGGCAAGAUGGAAAACCUUUAGAAGACAAAAACGUGAAUGGAUCAAAUUUGCUGCAGCUUGUAGAGAAGGAGAAGAUAAUUCCAAGAGGAAUCCAAUUGCCAGAAUUCGAUCUGAUUGUGAAGAAGACAAUCCAAUCACAUACAGCAUCUCUGGAGUUGGAAUUGAUCGUGCACCCUAUGGAAUAUUUGUUGUUAACCCAAGAACAGGAGAAAUCAAUAUAACAUCAAUAGUGGAUAGGGAAGUAACACCUGUAUUUGUUAUACGUUGCUUUGCUAAACACUCAGUGACGGGUAUAGAUUUGGAACCACCUCUUGAACUUCGAGUCAGAGUCCUGGAUAUAAAUGAUAACCCUCCUGUAUUUGCACAAACCGUAUUUACGGGAUCGGUUGAAGAGAGCAGCAUGGACAACACACUGGUGAUGAAAAUCAUUGCAACAGAUGCAGAUGAACCUAACCACUUGAAUUCUAAAAUUGCCUUCAAAAUAGAGAGUCAGGAACCUUCUGGUCCGCCCAUGUUCAUUAUGAAUAAAUACACAGGAGAACUCCAUCUUGCAAAUUAUCUUGACAGAGAGCAACAUAGUAGCUACACUCUGGUUGUGAAGGCAUCAGACCGGGACGGGGCUGCAGAUGGAAUAUCAUCCCUUUGUAGCUGUAACGUGAAAGUUAUUGAUGUUAAUGACAACUUUCCAACUCUUGCUCAAAGCUCUUUUUCAGCAAGUAUUUCAGAAAAUUCACUCAGUUCAGAACUGCUACGAAUACAAGCUCUGGAUGCUGAUGAAGAGUUUACAGACAAUUGGUUAGCAGAGUUUUUCUUUAUAUCCGGUAAUGAAGAUAACUGUUUUGAAAUUGUUACAGAUCGAGCUACAAAUCAAGGAAUCCUUAGAGUAAUUAAGGAACUGGAUUUUGAACAUAUCCGAACUCACUCACUGAUGAUUGGUGUCAGGAACGUAGCUGCUUUCCACCACUCUGUUGCACACGAGUACCAAAUAUUUGGAACACCCCUCACAGUAGAAGUAAAAAAUUUGAUUGAACCACCAAGAUUUCAUCCAUCUUCAGUUGUGUUUUCCCUGGCAGAAGGCGCAAGAGUGAAUUAUGUUGUAGGAACAUACACAGCCAUGGAUGAGGACACUAGAACUAUUGCAUCAAAUGUUGUAUAUAGUAUAGGACGUGAUCCAGCUGCCUGGUUCAGAAUCAACCAAAACACUGGUGAAAUCACACUGAACAAAGUUAUUAACCGGGAUUCAGUCUAUGUAGUCAAUGGGCGGUACCAAGCAGAGGUUCUGGCUAUCACCAGAGGGGUUCCUCGAUAUACUGCUACUGGCACCAUUGUGCUUUCAAUAGAUGGCACCAAUGCCAAUUGCCCAACUAUUAAUACUGAAAUGAGGAAAGUAUGUAUGCAUUCCCCAUCGGUGAUUAUCUCAGCAAAGCAUAGGGAUGGUGAUCUCUAUGCUACCCCCUUUACAUUCAGUAUACAUGGUGAACCUCAGACUACAUGGAUUAUCAGACGAAUAAAUGAUUCCUCUGCUGAACUAGUGGGCCAGAACAUAGACUUUUACCUUUAUAGGAUCUAUGUCGUCGUAAGAGACAGCCAAGGCCGGCGCUGUGUUAGACCGCACAUAAUUCCUGUGCAAGCUUGCCAGUGUGACAGUCGGAAUUACUGCACCAGUGGGGCCACAAGAAUAAUUAUCAUCGGCGGUGGUGGCGGUGGUGAAGGCGGUGGUGGUGGCACUAUUGGCGGUGGUGGUGGCAGUACUGAUGGAGGAGGCCGGGAAGAGGGAGGAGAACAAGGUGGUGGUGACUAUGGCCAGACUAGACCUGGAGGAGAUUAUGGGGACCACACAGACUGGCAGGGUUAUACUGAUGGAUACGACGGAGGUGAGGACGGAUAUACUGCCUCCACUGAUGAUGGUUACGCUGGAAAUGAAAAUUACGGCAGACAAUUCGAAUCAAAUACCACACUUAGUGGUGCUGCCAUUGGCCUGAUGUUUCUCGGUGGAUUAAUAUUUGUUUUGAUUCCAAUUUUGAUGUCAAUGAGCGACUGUUGUGGCUGUGGACCUGGCGCUGCAGGUGGAGUUGGAACUGGAUUUGAGCCUGUACCUGAAUGCACAGAAGGGGCAAUUCAUCCAUGGGGAAUAGAAGGUGCACAGCCUGAAGAUAGGGAUGUCUCACACAUUCUUGCCCCAACAACUGCUGCAGGAGGUGAUUUUGGUGAACCUUCUGACAUAUAUAAUAACACGUAUGGAGGAGGAGGAGUAGUAGCUUCUGGUGUUGAAGAAACUACAGGUGUUGGCUAUGGCACUGGUACUGGCUAUGGAACAGCUGGAGGAAUUUCUGGAACAGGGGAAGCAAAAGGGUCAAUUGGAGGAACAAUAAAAGAGUAUCGAGAAGGAGGAGUGAACAUGGCCUUCCUAGACAACUAUUUCUCUGAGAAAGCAUUUGUGUAUGCAGAUGAAGAUGAAGGUCGGCCAGCAAAUGACUGCCUAUUAAUUUAUGAUCAUGAAGGAGUCGGUACUCCUGUUGGCUCUGUGGGUUGCUGCAGCUUUAUUGGAGAAGAUACAGAUGAAACAUACUUGGAUACAUUAGGACCAAAAUUUAAGACCCUAGCAGAGAUCUGUCUGGGCAAAGAGAUUGAACCUUUCCCAGAUGUCAACCCACCCUGGCCAGGCGUCAACCUUUCCUUCCCCAGCCCUGAAAGUGAUCUAAACCUCCCACCACCCGGCACCACCAUCGUUGUCAAUGGAAGUGCACCUAUGCCUCCCCCAGUUGGCACUACAACAGUUGUUACUGAAAACACCUACACGUCUGGGACAACCAUACAGCCCCCAAGGCCAAUGCCAGAUCCCUUGCUUCAUGGCAACAUGACGGUGACCGAGACCUACACCUCCAGCUCCCCCUCUCUUUGUGUUGACCCUCUGCGUGCAUCCAACGUCGUUGUGACAGAGAGGGUUGUCGGGCCUGCAUCUGCCUCUGAUUUGCGUGGCAUGCUAGAUAUCCCCGAUCUCACAGAGGGCUCCAACGUUAUCGUCACGGAAAGAGUAAUCGCGCCUAACUCCCGACUCCCGGCAUCUCUGAGCAUUCCUGAUUUGGUAGAUGGGUCAAAUGUGGUAGUGACAGAAAGGGUGUUCAGGCCUGCCUCCGGCAUGCCGGGCAGCCUAAUAAAUAUUCCCUCAGAGUUAUCCAACGCCCACAACGUGGUAGUCACAGAGAGAGUAGUGUCAGGUUCUGGGAUGAGCAGCCUGGGAGGAACAAGCCUUGGAGGAGCAAAUCUAGGGGGUCUGAGCAGCACCGGUCAGAUGCUCAGUGCUGACUCUCAUCUUGGCCAGGGAAUGGGCACGGCAUCUCCAGGCACCUCCCGGAGACGAGUGACAAAGUACAGCACCGUGCAGUACUCCAGUCAGUAA